UGGGAGGGGCGGAGCUCGAGAGUGCCAGAAACGGCCGCCCAACAGAGAGCGUGCCGUGCCACCGCGAUGGGCGACCACAGUGCCAGGAAGCGCGCAGGCACGUCUGGACAUGGCUCAUCUUCGCAGGCUCUCGGGCGCCAGAGUGAGCAGGCGGAUCCAGGGGGGAACGACGCCAUAUUGGAUGAAGGAAGAGAGGGCAUGGAUAGGCAGCACCAGGGUCAGUCGACUGCGGUGUGGGCGUUGGAGGGGAGAGUUGGUGCUAGCUCCAUCGUCACCAAGACCAUCGCUAACAUACGGGCGGUCAGGACUCGAGGUCGGCACGGGAGAACCACGAACACCGACCAGGGCUUGGCGGGCAGCCCAAACGCCCGCCGUGGAGACUUUCCGUCAAGGAACGAGUCGUCAAAGCAUACCGCCCGACCCAUUGUCAUCUGCAGUUCUGUGCUCGGUGUCGAGCUCACAUGUGCACCAGCCUUCUUUAAUGCUUGGACAUCUUCUGCCGAACAUCCGUUCAUAUGCCAGAAUAGAAACCUCGAGUCAAGGAUAUCCAGUUUUUCAAAUUCGCGCACGACACUUUCGCGAGCCCCGAGUUGUAUGCUCGAGUUAAAGUGCGAGGUGAUCGUCCUCACCCUUGCAUCUCCCACCUUCUUAAACACCAUUUUAAGAACUUCUGCGGGAAGAAAGAACAGAUCAAACGCAAAUCCCAAGCAAAAUACAGAGCGUAUCCCCGAUGUUACUGUAGCAGCGAUUCCCAUUUUUGCGUGCUCUGGCGAGUACGUCAGAUGGGCAUGGUCAACGACUGUGGUUGUGCCGGCAGCGAGAGCCUCCUGCAUUCCAGCAAGUUGA